UAAUACUGCCCUUAAGAUUAACAAAGCAGUGAUACAUGGAUUUCCACAUGCCAAGUGAUAGCAGUACCAAUAAUGACAUUUGCACUACUGUACUAUAUAUCUUAUUUAAUUAAUAGGUUGACACCAAGGCAAGUAUAUGUUCCCCAUGGUAAAUUGAGCUUGCCUUUUCAAUCCAUAUUAGGAGGUAGUGGUGGUAUAUCUAGUCUAUCCUUCCAAUCAAUCCUGCAGGUGACUCUGUGCUUCUGGGAAAAGAUCUGUGGUGGCUGAGGAUGGAAAGGAAAUGCUGUGAAGGUGUGGAGAGUGAGCAUAACUCGAGGAAUUCAAUCAGCCCGAGAAGGAUGGUGGGAGGUGGAUUGAGACUCUUCGGUAUGCAGCUUGAGAUGGCGGCUUCCCCCAUGAAGAAGUGUUUCAGCACCGACUGCCUCACCUGUCCUGCCGCUGCUUCAUCUUCCCCUUCCCCGUCGUCAUCUUCUUCUCUUGUUUCUAUUGAUGAAACCGCUGAGAAGACCUCUAAUGGCUAUCUCUCUGAUGGCCUGGUUGUCAGAACUCAAGAACGCAAGAAAGGAGUUGCUUGGACGGAGGAAGAGCACAAACUAUUCCUAGCAGGGCUUGAGAGACUCGGAAGGGGAGAUUGGCGAGGCAUCUCUCGCAACUUUGUGACCACAAGAACACCAACUCAAGUGGCCAGUCAUGCCCAGAAAUAUUUCCUGCGACAGAGCGGCCUCAACAAGAAGAAGCGUCGUUCCAGUCUCUUCGAUGUGGUCUCGAGUCAUGAGAUUGCAGCUCAAAUCGGUCACUCUCCGAAGCUAGAAGAGCAUUCCCCUGUUCUGUCACUUGGCACAACAUGCCGCAGAAUCCCUGAGACCGCUGUUUUCGAUCUCAACACUUCGGAACAAGAAUCAGAAACCCACAUUUCUUCAUGCCUCAGUCUGAUGCAUAAUUGCUCCAUCAGCACGGUAUCACAGUCGUAUUCGUUGGUGGAAGUGCAUCACGAGCAACCAUGUCAUGUGGAUUUAGACCUCAGCAUAUCCACAUCAAGGCCAAAUCACAAUCUUGAGACCUCAAUCAGCGGUCUGGUAUUCGAGAUCAUCUGAAUCACCUGCUUGAAUCACAGCCCUCCGGAAAUCCCCACCGGUCAAGGAGACGCAAAUGGUGCUUCCAUGGAAAUGUUAGAAACUGACAGAAGCUGCUCCUCCCACCAAAUGGUCACUCAUCUGAAGUCUAUUCAAGCAAUUCUCAUGCAACGAUCUCUUUAAUCACUGUCUACCGAGUGUAGAAUUGUUGAUGUAAGUCAGUUGUCCAUACUCGACUUUUCUGUAUGUGUUGCUGCAAUGCAUGUAAAAUACUGUCUACCCAACUGUGUUUCUACGCUCAUAAGCUCUGCAGUUCGAUGCA